AUGGAGGAGCUUGCUGGCCAGAUCAUGCUGGUCACUCAGAAGCUGCACAAUGCUGCUGGUUCUGAGAGGCUAGAAAACCUGCAAAUUGACUCCAACUGCUAUUACUGGAGCCAGCUGAUGCAGUCACAAUUGCAUAGGGGUAGUAGCAGAGCAGCUUCCUGUUUAAAGAGUGAAAUGGAAGCUGUGGACCUGUGGCAGCCCAGCAGUAUCUCCUAUGUAACAGAAGGAACAGUUACUGAUGUCCAUAUUUCUCAAAAUGCUUCCCGAGCCCUGUUAACCUUCUUACAAGAAGCCAACAUCCAGUACAAGAUUCUCAUAGAAGAUCUUCAGAAAGUGCUGGAAAAUGGAAACAGUUUGCCAACCCAGAGAAACAGAAGAUCCCUGUCUGAAUAUAAUUAUGAAGUGUACCACUCCUUAGAAGAAAUUCAGAGUUGGAUGCAUCAUCUGAAUAAAACUCAUUCAGGCCUUAUUCAUAUGUUCUCUAUUGGAAGAUCAUAUGAAGGAAGAUCACUGUUUAUUUUAAAGCUGGGCAGAAAAUCACGAGCUUACAAAAGAGCUGUCUGGAUGGACUGUGGUAUUCAUGCAAGAGAAUGGAUCGGUCCUGCCUUUUGUCAGUGGUUUGUGAGAGAAGCCCUUCUAACAUAUAGGAGUGAUGCAGCCAUGAGAAAAAUGUUAAAACAUCUGUAUUUCUAUAUCAUGCCUGUCUUUAAUGUUGACGGAUACCAUUUUAGCUGGACACAUGAUCGAUUUUGGAGAAAAACAAGGUCAAGGAACUCAAGGUUCCACUGCCGUGGAGUAGAUGCCAAUCGUAACUGGAAAGUGAAGUGGUGUGAUGAAGGGGCCUCUGUGCACCCUUGUGACGAUACCUACUGUGGCCCUUUCCCAGAAUCUGAGCCAGAAGUGAAGGCUGUAGCUAACUUCCUCCGAAAACACAGAAAGCACAUUCAGGCUUACCUCUCCUUUCAUGCAUAUGCUCAGAUGUUGUUGUAUCCCUAUUCUUACAAAUACGCAACAAUCCCCAAUUUUAACUGUGUGGAAUCUGCAGCUUAUAAAGCAGUGAAAGCACUUGGAUCAGUAUAUGGGGUACGAUACAGAUAUGGGCCUGCCUCCAGAACAUUGUAUGUAAGUUCUGGUAGCUCAAUGGAUUGGGCUUACAAAAAUGGAAUACCCUAUGCAUUUGCCUUUGAACUACGUGACACUGGGCAUUUUGGAUUUUUACUCCCAGAGAUGCUCAUCAGACCUACCUGUACAGAGACCAUGCUGGCUGUGAAGAAUAUCACAAUGCACCUGCUAAAAAAGUGUCCUUGAUAGGGCUCCAAGGUCAGGUCAAUAACCAAAGAGAGAGCUGAUUUUCACCAAAGGCUGCUUGGCACUGGGUGGAAAUUGUUUUUAAAGAGAAGGGCAACCUUUUAGAAUGAACAUAUCUAUGGACUUUAAAAGGACUUUGUUAGUGCAAUUGAUACUUUGUAAUAAUACAAAAUGGUAAAAUUUAGGGCAUAGCCUAGUUUGUUAUAAGAAAAAGCAUCUAGCUGGGCAUGGUGGUGCAUACUUGUAAUCCCAGCUACUAAGGAGGCUGAGGCAGGAGGAUUGCAAGUUCAAGGCUAGCUGGGAAACUUAGCAAAAUCUGUUUCAAAAUAAAUUUUUCUUAAAAAGGAUGGAGAAUAUAUCUCAGUGAUAGAGAAUUUGCUUAGCAUGUGUGAGACUCUGGGUUCAAUUCCCAGUGUUGCAAAAGAAAAAGCAUCCAUUUUAUGUCUCUUUAGAGUCUUGAUUACAGGGAAUGUUUUCAAAUUCCUUUGUUUCAAGAAAUGUACAAAUAAAUCAUGGUUUUCCCUUCAAUAAAUGUCAGGCCCUCAUAAGACCUAGUUUACUAAUGAUAUUUAAUUACUUGGUUCUCAUUUGAAAUAGAAAUUUUUGGAAUGGAAUGAACACACAAAUUUUUUAAUAUACCAAACACACAGUCUUUCAAAACCUUAGAUUAUUUGCUUUCUCUUCACCUGGUAUUAGUGUACCAUAUAUCUAUAAAAACACAGCAAAAUAAAACAACUUAUGUUUAGACUCUGAGAAUGCCACUCAAAAAAAUAGAAUAAAUAUUCAUUGAGGUAUCAGACACAGAGUUAGAAUAUUUACACUAACAAUUUCAUUUCUCACAAUACCUAUUUCAGAUAAGGAAAUUGAGGCUUAGAAAGGUAACCUAGCCUUUCAUUUCUAAGAAGAAGACAGGAACAGUAGUAUCUGGACUGCUGGAAAUAACUAAAAUUUAUGGACAAAAUACAAUUUUUUAAAUCAUCUUACAAUCAUCCUACUAUAAACCAAGGAAAUCUCAGGCCAGGCAUUGAGUGAAGAUAGAAACCUAGAAAAGUAAGUGGUACAAUGUUAUCCUAAAAGCAUUUGUCAAACCAGCUAAGUACAAACUUUGAUAUUCAGCAUUUUGAGGAAUGAACAAAGCCCGAAUUCACUUAAAGUUGGGAACUUGAAUAUGAUAUUCUUAUUUCCUACCAGAACUAUGGGUUGUACCUUCCAUGUCAGAAAGGUACCUCAUAUUCCUUUUAAUGGACCCCAGAGAAAACUGACCAUUUCAAAUUUUGGCAAGAGUGGAGUCAAGGGAAAUCACUACUGAGAAUUUGGAACCAUAUAUCAGCCUUCACACAGGUUCAUGGCCCAGAUUCAGACUUUGUAAAUAGUCUGAUAAACCUCUAGCCAAGAAUUUAAUGCAGAUUAAUCCCAGAAUGGUAAUACCCAUAAGCAUUUGGUAAAAGCAAAUGCAAAUCCUCUUAGAGGAUUUAUCUGACCAAGAUGUAUCAUGAACACCACCAGGAUAAAGGAAUAGGCCUAAAAACUUCCAGAGGGAAGAAAGAGACCCCAGACAAAGGAAUGAGGUCUUGAGUAGCACCACCAAACUUGAAGCACCACCAAAACUUGAUGAUGAUCGAAAAAUGCCUUCAGAGUUCUGAGAAAAAAAUCAUACAUACAAAUCUAAACUCAAGGAAACUAUUGAUGGAAAAUGAAGGUAGGCUGUAGGAUAAGUGAGGGCUUCUAUUAUUUACCUUUCUCAGGAAACUCCUAGAGGAUAUGCUCUAUCACAAAGAAAGAGCAAACCAAGAGAAAGAUGUAGAAUCCAAGAAUAGGGUGAAUACAGCACAGGAGAAAGGAAUGGGGAAAAAUAUCAAGAUGAUUGUGAAGGAAAAGAUGCCAAGUGACAACUUCAUGUCAGACUUCUAGAACAACUUGGAGUAGAAGGAGGAGGACUAAAUACUUUUGUGAAUAUGAAAAUAAAAUGUGAAAUGGGGAGAAAAAUAUGCUCAGAGGCAAUUUUUAUUUACAUAGAGAACUGAGCAAUUAAUUCCUAAUAAAAGCACAGAAAACCAAGCAAACAAAAGAAAUGUUUUUAACUGGUGAAAACAAAGAAUUAUAUAUGAGAAGAUAUGGAAUCCUAGUAAUGCUAUGUAUCUUAGCUAUAAAUAAUACUUACAUAGUCAAAAUAAUGUUAUAAAUGUACAGGAAAAAUAGGAAGAAUGAAGUGCAUGUGACAGGAGGUUAUAUAGGAGAGCUAAAUCUUUGUCUUCCAUGGAAGGAAAUCAAUCUCGAACGCUGAAAAAUCAAGAAAUAUCUGUAUAAGAAUGUAGCUUAGAAAUAAGGAAGUAAAUGUGAAAGGAAAGAACUAAAAAGAUCAAAAAUUUGGGGCCUAAUGAAAGAGAAUUGGGAGUGAGAAGAGAUAGA